AUGGCGACUUGGGCAUACCCCCCACUGCCCGCAGAACAGAUCAAUCGUGAGGCGGACAAUGCGCUGGCCCGAGAGCUAGAGUGGUUAUUGCAUUCCCUGCAGGACUCACUUGCUUCAUUGAAGGAAGGUCUGCAAGAAUGCUCAGCCCUCCUAGCUCCCCAAGAACCGGGGUCAACCUUGGUGCUGUCCUCGCUGCGGUCGGAAAGCGUCAAGGGCUUUGUGACUAGAGUCGGCACUAAGGUCGUGAAGGGUGAUGUACAACUUCGACUUGCAUCGCUCCCGCCUCCUCGGGGUGCCCCCAGCACCCGAUUGAACCUAUCCCAGUCCCCCCAAGCCCCAGAACUGGUACUUCAGCAGCUGGUGUCAGUUCGAGACCUUGUGGCUCAAAGCCUGGAUAUUGUGGACGUGAGCACAUGGACAGGCGAUCCUCUCAAUGCAGGCUUCAUUUUUAGCCAACUACACCUCUUGCUUGAGACAAUCAGCGAGGCGCGACAAAUGUUGAAAGGAGACAGCGAUGAGACGCGAGGCAAGUGGUGGGAUACCAGUGCCACCGAAAAUAUGUUUGACCCUCCGCUUCCUCCGCAUCUUUCAUUCCAUCUCUCUAUCACAGACUCCGCUCUGGUCCUUGUUCUUCGGACUCUAGAGGCUACUGCCCUCAAUCAUGCGCCAACCGCUUUUUCUUCAGAUAUCUCCCUGACUGGGUUCUCUCUACGCGAUCGGAUAUUCGGCUCGCGAGCGCCAACCCACGAUGAGGCUGGUUGCCUUUUUAAAUGGCAGGGAGAAGAAGUACGUGUCAAGGAGAAGGUCCGGGUAGAGAGCCAGGAUCCCAGUCUGAUGGCAGUCAUGGCCAAACUAUCGGCCCUUGAGCAUGAGGUGAUGCGGUGUGUUGCUGCGCUGCGGAUUCUUAUGGGCAAUGAAGACACGGAGAGCGAAGUUUAG